AUGUCGGCCCCGCGGACAAAGCGCCCCUUCGCCGGAGCAUCCAGCGAUCCAGCCCAACGCCAAAUCACUUCCUUCUUCGCCCCCCGGUCCGGCCCAGCGCCCCCAUCUGAGACAUCAUCCACCUUGACCACCAACAAGCUCCCCCCCGACGUGCAGUCCAACCUCCUCUCUGUCGGUAUGCGCGUCCGCAAGUCCGUGCCCGAGGGCUACAAGACCGGCACCUACAAAAGCGUUAAGCUUUCGGCCGACACCGCGGAACCCCGCACCCCCGUCGUCCGGACAACCAACCCUGCCAGCAACAGGAACACCGCCGCCGCCUCUCAGCGCGAGCUGCUGCCGUUCUGCGGCAUCAAUAAGGUCGGCGGCCUGGCGAGCCAGCCCACCUACGCAAGCGAGAGCGAGCACGAAGCGGAGGGUGUGCCUGGCUUGGACGACUUGCCCGGCCUUAGCAGCUCCCAGGAGAGCGUCGAGAGCACCGCCAGUGACGGACGGAGCAAGAAGCGCUUCUUUAUCGACGAAGAGACCGACGAGCCGGUUCAGGUGUGGGCGAAUCACACGGCAUGGCUGGACAGCGAAGUCAGCCCGCGGAGCCUGGCACCGUCCGGGUUCGCGAAUGCCCGCCCGUUCGCGGUGCCGAGGAAGAGCCACCGCAAGUCCAUGGCAGGGCAGGAGAACUUAGUCGUUGACGACUUUGAUGACGCGGAUUUCCUCGUCUCCCCGGACACCGAUAUGAGCGAUGCGUAG